AUGAACAUAACCAAAACCACUCCUUGGUUUCUGCUUCUGUUGUGUCUGAUUCUUCUAACAGUUUAUAAAUUUCAAAUCGGUCUAGAUUACAAAAGGGUAAAUGGAUCGAUCUCUCCAUCCAGCGAGCAGCCACAAGAAGAGAGCAUCAUGUUUGGUUUCAAACCGAAAACGUUGUUUGUGUUCGGAGACUCGUACGCCGACACCGGAAACACACCUGCCACAUUCGCCGCUUCAUGGAGGUUUCCCUACGGAAUCACUUUCCCGGGAAAGCCUGCCGGCCGAUUUACUGAUGGUCGUGUCUCAACUGAUUAUCUCGCGAAGUAUCUUGGACUUAGAACGCCGAUUGCAUACAAAUGGAGAAGAUUGGUACUACCAAGAAAAGUUGUGAAAAACGGAAUAAAUUUCGCAUACGGUGGAGCCGGAGUGUUUGAGACGAUGUUCAAAGUCGUCCCCAACGCGAGUGUGCAGAUCAAUUUCUUCGAACAACUUGUCCGGAAAAAAGUUUAUUCUCAAGCUGAUCUCAACUCUUCCGUCGCUCUCUUCAGCAUCGUCGGCAACGACUACAUUACUUACGACAGACUCAACGGCACCUCGCAGGGUCGUCCAGCAUUGAUAAGGAGAGUUGUGAGACAUAUUUUGUUGGAUGUGAAGAAAAUUAGGGACUUGGGAGUAAGAAAGGUGUGGGUGGCUCUAUCGCCGCCGCAGAAAUGCUUUCCGUCGCUAAUUACUCCUAAAGGCUGCGACUCCAACGACACGUCCACGAACCUCCACAACAGUCUUCUCCGUGAAGGACUGAGAAAACUAAACGACGAGAGGAAUGAUAAAAGCUUCCUCGUGUUUGAUCUCUACAAUGCUUUUGUGAGCGUAUUCAAGAACAAAGGAGUUCCAGGAGUUUCGAAGUUUCCGGAGCCAUUGAAGGCAUGUUGUGUGGGAUUGAAACGAGGCAACACUUGUGGAGAUGUAGGCAAGAACGGUGAAAAGUUGUUCAGUCUUUGCAAAGAUCCAAAGUCAUUCUUUUUUUGGGACAAUGUUCAUAUCACUGACCAAGGAUGGCGUUCUGUAUUUUCUCUUCUUCUACCUGAUUCACAAUAUUGA